AAAAAAUCAGGUAGACCUCCGUCGUCGUUGACAUACCCACCACUCUUCUAUCAUCGUCAUAGAACCUUGCUGCUCCUCACAGUAUAUAGACACGCUCAACGUCGAGGACCAUGCGUAAAGAACCAGCUCGUUCACGAAAUUGAGAGCAGCUACUUGCAACACCAAAAGAGUGGAGGUCACGUCCGGGUCGAGUUCAAGGUCCUUCUGAACGAACCACCUCGGCGGCCUGGUCCAGAUCGAAGCACAGAUACGUUUAGCCAUGGCGAUUACGACCGCUUUCGGAUAUCUCUUGCUCCUGGGAGCCGCAGCUUUUGCUCUGCGAUACGUCCUGGUACCCUUUCUCCUGGAAAGUCUGCUCCAGGUGCAGAUCCGAUCCGUCAGCCCUCGGAGCGUCCGUGGGAUCGAAUGGGCUGCCAAAGGAAACGAGCACCGAGAGAUCAAAUCUCGGCUCACGGUCGAAAGGAUCGGUCUGCAGAGGUCUCGUAGGCAAGGCGGUUGGCUUACGAUCUCGGUCGAAGGCCUUACUAUUCACGUUACCAAGGACGAUCAAGCUCAACACGAUGAGACGACCCGGUCUGACCGGGAAAGCUCCGAUGUCAGGACGACGAGGAACCGAAGCCCGUUGAAUUCUGGUUGGAGGUCCACUUCAUGGGGGGCCAAGGUAACCGGCACACUGAAAGCGAAAAGCCGCGAAUGGACCAUCUUCUACAUGUCAUUUGCAGUUCAACAAUCUCCUUGGCUAGCACACCUGAUGGACCUUCAAGUGGAGAAGGCUGUCCUGAUCUACCGUGAUGGCGCCGACCGACCCAUCGAGCUGGUCCUUCACAGCUUCAACGCCUGCUUUGACGUUGUUUUCGACCAAGCUCCCGAGCUUAUCGUCCAUCCCGAGACUUGCUAUGCGGCUUUCAACACACCUAGUGGACCGCGAUCGCCUUUCCUCGAGGCCAAGUCGCCCAUGGAGAGUCCCACCUACGUUAUGAACCACGGUCUGAUCAGUCCACCUCCUUCCUUCGAAGGCUUGGCCAAGGAAAAGCCGAUCAGCCCUAACCCGGCUCCGGGUAUUACCAAGAGCCGCCCUGCCAAGCUGUUAUCCAGGCUCCUGGGGCGAGCUCGAGGAAACGCGACGCUGACUGUGGAGAUGGGUCAACUCUCGUUGUCCGAGAAUAUUCCUGAACUUUCGAAAGGUGUCCACCAGGACAAGGUCUUCGAGUUCGUAGACAAUAGUCGACUCGAGGUCACCGUCCAGUUUGGUGACAAGGCCGGCAUCUUGGGAGAAGAUUCUGUCGAUGUCAAGUUGAACGUGUCUCCACUAUCUGUCGACGUCCUGCGAAUGAAGGUACUGCAAGAGAAGUUGAAGAAGAGUUUCCCUCGUGGUUCUGGCAGCAAGCGGAGCCGACCUGCUCAAGAAGCGAAAGUCAGGGAUCUCUUGAACGCGCUACAUUCUGUCCAGCUGGCUUUGCCUUAUACUACCGCUCGGUUCGAGCUCGAACCCGAUCACCUCGACAGACAGUCCGAUUCGGUGGCUGGUCAUUUCGAUCUCGCUGUCAAUGGGUUCUUCGUGGACGUCCGGUCCGCUAGCCCGUCGACAAAUUUUCGUCUUAGGGACGUCUUCGGUCGCAACGAAAGGCAGGAGGCGCUCAUCCCAGCGAUUCACUAUUCGUCCUCGAUGGCCGAUGUUGCGUUGACUUGGCAGCUCGAUCGACACCCCUCUCGUAAGGUUCUCGACAUCGGCAAUCUCGAGCUUGACGGGGUGUCUACUUGGAAACUGCCCCAUUGGCGGCGGAGUUGCCCGUUAUUCCCAGAAGACCCGAACCGGUAUAUCGUCAAUGCGUCGUUCAAUGUCGACCACGUACAUGUGAAGACAUCGGUGCCGAUGAUGGCACAGCUUCGGCCGCUCUUGAAACGUGUCCGUAGGAGCAAGCCGGAGAAAGAGUCCAGCAGUCAAACGCCUAUCAGCUUUUUGCCUCGGAUCCUCUUCGAUGCUAGUGUCGGUCACUCGACCCUCUGCGUCCUAUCCAAUGACGAAGAUUCGGCUAGCUUGCUCGAGAUCAGCUCUACCGGGAUCAGCUCCACCGUCUUGACAGACUACCGGGAUAUCUGUGCGACCCGAAGGUCUCGUGCUAGGGACAACAAAGCUUUCGAUGCGGCAGAGCCAACAUUCGCAGAGGACGGUGGCGCUUCGACACAGGACACGCCGUACGAUUCUGCUAGUGUCGAUCUUUCGGAAAGGGCGUUCAAGUUCGAAGCCGGCUCGCUGCAAGACGAGGCCACCGUCUCGAUGCACUGGGAGUUUUCGUUCAGACCAGGAACUUUGAGCACAAUGGUUUCCCUUGCGCAAGCGGAAGCGCCGGUUCAUGAACUGUUGAGGAUUGGAAAAGCCGACAUAAACGGUCAGGGUCUGGUCAAGGGCGGCCCGAUGGAUUCAGAACCGCAUCGAGAUCUUUCACUUUGGUGGCAUUCGGGGAUCGGCGCAGUCGAUAUCUCAAUUCAGGACGGCGUGCAGGCGACGUUGUGGCACCAAGACGCCCACGAACAUCUACGUCACAUUGUACAUGGAUUGGAAUCACUGUCGCCGGCGCGCGUGAACAAGGUCAAGCAUCCUCGCAGCCAUCAGAAACCUGUUCUCGCCAGACUCGUCUCUGGUUUGCGCGUCAGGAUUGCCAUCUCCAACAUACUGGUUCUUAUGGCCAGUAAAGAUCCGAACCCCAUCUGCGAAGUACACUUGCAACGAGGAUUGCAAUUGCAGAUGAGCUUGAUAGUAGAUUACUGCUCCUUCAAACACGUCAGUCAGACUCGACGCAGCAAAUUGGAUGGAAAGUCCAAUUCUCGGCGUCGUCUGAGGUUACCGGCUGACGCCACGGAGCAAGCCAUCGCUCUUCACAACGAGGCAGAAAGUCAUGGAGCGCAAGCGGCUCAUUGCACCAUGUCUGCAAGGCAAAUCGUGGUCGUCCCCAUUUACAACGCCGCCAGGCAAACCAACCGCAAUCGACCCAAUCCGAAACCCGUGCCCAACCCAGUCUCUCAAGCCUUCUUCCCGCGGCGUGAACGGAUGCCUUCAUACGCGGGAUGGGAUUUCCAGCGACUACGAGAUCAGCCAAAACCUCCCGGCGAUUAUGUCAAUGGUGUCGAUCCUUUCCCGAUAUCACUGCGUGACCAGGCUCAAAAGCCACUAUUACAUAUCCACAAGAUCGAUGGUAGCGUGACACUACGAGAAGCCCGCGAUGCAGCUGUCUUGGACAUUGCAGCCAAUCUCAGAGUUGCCAAGACAAAGCUGUCUGCAGACGUAUCUCACGUCUACUGCGCUCUCCUCGCUUUCACCGCUUUACCUCGGUCACAUAGAAGUUCGGAAGCUGAUGGGGAAAAGGUUGAUACCGAAAAUCCCUCCAAUCCUUCUGCUAGGAUCUCCAUGAGGCUCAAGAUGAAUAUUGACGAGGCGAUGGGUGACCUCGCCCUCCCUCUAAAGGAGAGGCUAUUCUUUGACCUCAAAUCGGUAGCGUUGUCAUCGAUCGGCGCCACAAAGGAAUUCGGAGUCGACAGCGCAAUGUUCUACGUACCCAGUCCUAGAGCUCCCGGCAGAUGGGAAGAAUUCGGUCGCGUCCGCCGAUUUGAUGUCGCCAUCAACAAGACUGUUUCAGGGAAACCAAUCGCCAACGUAGACAUUGCUGCGCUUAGGAUCAGAAUUCCUUUCCGAUACGAGCUCUCAAAAUUGAUCCUCAACUUUAGCACCCUUGUCAAAGUCGUCAAGCUGCUGGCGCAAGACAUGCACAAACGAGAGUUUGUGACCGUGCGCAAACCUUCAGCCCAGCCACCGAAAAUCAUUCCCUCCACGACGAUCAAUCUCGAAUAUUUCUCCCUGGAAAUAAAGGAUGAUCCUCUCGAGACCAAGCUGAACUUAAUCUGGCGAGUCGGCUUGAACGAGCAGGCGGACCGCUUGGAGAGGAUGGAAGCUUUCGCCGCCAAAGUAAGUGUGCUGGACUCGGUUGGAGAUGGAAGCCAAGCACCUCCGUCGUCUACCAAUCUGGACGAGAUCAGGGAACGCUGGGGCUUUGAUGCCAGUGGUAUUCGCGAUGUGCAUAGUGCGGCAUACAACCUCGCUUGGUACAAUGCCCGCGCCUGGAAGGUCCGUUUCGAUAAGGCUCUGGCCACGCAAAACAAGAGAGAGGAACUGUUGAUAGCUCUAGUCUUUGGCGUCCGGAAUCGGGAGGACAGCCUUCCCAUUGACGUCAUGCCGCCCGAACGGUUUGCCCCGCUGUUCCGAGCCAAGUUUGAGAAAUUGGCGGUUGAGCUCAAGCCAAUGGACCUGGACAAGGGCGAAAUCAUCGAGCACAUGGAAGAAGCCAUGGUGGGGAAAUUCCCAGAAAACACAGAUUUCUCCCUGCUCGUCCCGCUCUCGAUCAACCUUCGAGCUCGAUCUGUCGAGUUGACUUUGAGGGACUAUCCGAUGCCGCUGUUUCAGAUCCGACCUGUCGACAACGAAGCUUCCGACAAGCCCGCCGAACAUAGCUUCCAGGCUUCCAUUCAGCUCGUUGCUGGUGAAGAGAUGGCAGAUGACGAUAGCUACGUGUUGUUGCCUUGUCCCGUGUUGCCCGAAGGUCUCGGCGCGGAUCAUGCUGCAGCACUGACUGUCCAAGUCGCCAAAACUUUGAUGCCAGUAAAGACGUACACCAAAGUGGAAAUGAAGGUAGCCACCGCCGCGCCGACGGAUUUCACUUGGGGGAAUUCUUAUCAACCUGCGAUCGAAGAUCUCACCAAGGCUUUCGAAAAGUUUACGCACCCGCCGCGGGAUCCCUCGCCCAAAAUGGGUUUCUGGGACAAGUUCCGCCUCACGCUGCAUUGGCGUGUCAAGGUCGACUUUGACGGCCCUUGUCAUCUUCACCUGAAGGGCUCCCGUGAUCCGUACCAUAUUACUGGCUUUGGAGCUGGCUUCGUGUUGGCAUGGAUGGGCAACGUGUCUUUGCGCAUCGGAGAAAAGAACGACCAGAACGAAUUGAUCCAGAUCUCUAGCGACGAGAUGUUUUUCUCGAUUCCAGACCUGUCCGCUAUGAUAGACAACGCCGCCACCGGCACUCACGCCGACGGAAAUAGCGAUGCUGGCAAGCCUGCGGCCAAAUUGCCUACUCUCCUCGAAAGACGUGGGACCAAGACCUGCGCUCGUUUCGUGGGCGGUGUGCGCGUUGGAUUUGGCUUUAAAUUCGAACGCACGUGCCGAGAUCACGACUGCGAUAGUGAUUGCCGUGGAGGACUCUCAGAACGGCGAUGCCGGUGUUUUCACUUCAAGCCACAUUACGAGGUCAAGAUGCGAUCAAAAGAAGCCGUUGAUGCCCAGUCUCGAGAGCUCAAUCGGCCUGUUGAUUCGUAUGAAGGCUUCCGCUCGGACUUUAUCCACUUUUCUCCCUCCAUCACGACUUUUGGUCGCAGCAGUCCGAGUGGGCCGCAGGGCGAGGGACGCGUCAAUAGCAGUAGCUUUCACUUUACCCCCAAAGGCUUCACGCAUUUCUUCGCGUGGUGGAGAUUGUUCAAUCAUGUGAUGUCGCUCCCCAUCCGGCAGGGCAAACUAUUCCCCAAAUCCCCACCACCUCACCGAAAGUUUGGCCGGUCAUUGGCGACCAUCAAAUACCGCUUCGACAUCUCUCAUCUAUACAUCUCUCACUUUUACCCUCAAAUGUCCAAGGUAGAUUGGACGACGGGACGCCAGACGGCAGUGGGUGUCAAAGCGCAUAUCAAACACUUUCGGGCGGAUCUUCAUCAACGAGAACAGACCAAGAUUGUACGAAAGGAGGCUCUUCAACGAAUGGGUACGAUCAAACACAAACCCUUUUACGCCGCCGAUAUUAUUCUGGAUGACGUGCAGUUAAGGGCUCUGUCGACAGUGUUUGAGGACCAAUCCAAAGGGUUCCUUAUGAAGCAUGGCUCACACCUUGUGGAUGUCCCCGACCCGGCAGGAACACUCGCCAAUGAGAUGGCCAGCGGUGAUGCCACAUGGUUUCAUCCGGACGACUAUGUGGACACUGACUACAGACCCUCCGACGACAACCCCUACAUCGAAAUGUACGAGAUCGGAGCAUGCCCUCAGUUCCACUACUCCAGAUGGUUGCCUGCAUUAAAACUACGCCCGGACGUCAUCGACAAGAUGAAGACGGGACACUGGUAUGGGACGGAUAUGGAAGCGAGUAAAUUCGGGCGUGAGGCCACACACGGGUGUCUGCUCAACGAGUUUGAAGGCUCCCACAAGGUGGGCAUCAGGCUGGCGGAAGCCCGGCGAGAACAUCUGCAAGAGGCCUUACGAGCGUGCACGGCCAAAGAUACGGUCUCAAGAGAGGGAUCCAACACAUUAUCGAGCAAAGCUGCAACCUUACAAGCCAGUAUCGACGUUUUGGACCGCUUCAUUGCGGACCGCCAUGCGAAAGAAGCUCGAGAACACAGUGGCUCGGAAGAGUCGUCUACUGACCACCUGGACAGCCGAGAAAAGGAGACCGAAGGCAACGAUUUCCAGAACAUCUACCAGAUCUAUACCCCUCGACUCGUGUUGAACAACCAGUCCAGAAAUAUCUUGCUAAAGUACUACUUCUCAAGCCGUCUGCGGAAAGGCCUGGAAUAUUACCUAUCGAAUAAGGCUCUGAAGGUUUUGCGAGAACAGCUUGGCAGCAUUACUGAUGCCCCAGUCAGGACCAAGACCGUUGUCGAUAAGCCCCAGGUCACAAAGAUCCCCAACAAGUUGGAUUGGGUUGCAGACAAGACUGGUAACGUGGUAGCCAAAGAGCUAUUGAAGCUAGUGCUGGGAGAUGCCGACAAGCAGGAACAUGAUGAAGGCGACGUCAAGCCGGCAGAAUCUCAGCCAUCAGCACGUGAAACCGACCCUCACGCUGGUCUUCCCGAGGAGUACACGGUUACGAAAAGCCAUUUCUUGUCGCUGUUUGGACCACAACUGGCGCUUUCAAGCGAACUCGACGAGGAUUCCACGAUUCUAUUCUGCAUGGACAGCGCUACAUUCAAGGGCUACACAAUAGGUGACGACGAGUUCGUUGGAGAUCCUGUAAACUCGCGAGUGAUGCACCGCAAUUACUCUGAUCUUACAGGGUUACAAGGGUUCUAUCCUCGACGAUCCGAUGAUCAAGGCGAGCGACAUGACCGAACCUUCGUGCCUCUCGAGGUCCUGCUCGAUUCGAAGUGCCAGUCAUUGCAUUUCGAUCGGGUCCUCCCGAAGACCGACGGUUACUUCCAUUACGAUAAAUUCAAUCAGCUGCGUCUUAGCAACGAUCUCUCUGCCGAUCGGGAGCAGUAUGGGCAAGAGGCUCUCCCAGAGCAUAUACAGCAUAAGCAGGAUCUGGCUGUUCUGCACGUGCCGCGUUUUGCGGUCAUGGCGGAUUCCCAUCAUUACGCCGCUCUCUACAACGUGAUCACCAAUUUGAUCCUUUAUCAAGAUCCGGAGCAGAGACAGCGAUCACAAAAGAUGGACACAUUUGUGUACUCUUUCGAUCGACGGGAUGCACUCCGAUACGUUUCCGAGGUAGCACAAUUGCAACAACGGAUCCGAGAGUCGGAGUCUCUCAUCAAGGCGUAUGAUGAGCAUUAUACACAUCUCACAUCGGAAGGCAAGUUGGGCCUUAUCGACGUCAGAGGAGAUCUGCUUGCGUCGGUGGAAAGCUUGAACAUGAUCUACGAUGCGGUCUCGCUUCACCGCAAUUAUACCGAGAAAGCAGCGGCUCUGAAGGGAUCGAUCCGAUUUCAAGCGUCUGCAGGAGAAAUUGCCUGGUUCAUGUUCGGGCAAAAGACUCUGCUGGCAAAGUUGGCGAUGACGGAUGCCCACUUCGAUUGGUUGAGGAAAAAGGACAGCAGCACAGACAGUACUCUUGUCGUCAAGGACCUCCAAGCCCUGAACAGCAGUCCGGAUGCGGUUUUCCCCGAGAUGCUAGCCAAAUACCAAAAGACCGGGUCCAAGGAAAGCAAACCAAUCCUGAAAGUUCGGUGGGCAGUCCUCGCACCAGUUGGAGGGAUUACGAUCAUGGAGCAUCUGCAUGUGGAUGCGCACCCUGUUCGGGUACAAUUAGAGAAGAAGCUGGGACGUCAGCUUAUGGAGUAUGUGUUUGGCCAAAACGGGAGGCCCAAGAAGCAUGCAUCCGAUCAGAAUACGAACAAGUCUUUUCAGGGGAACAACCAUGUCGGCGGCGGCGAGGACUCCAAUGCCACACAUGACGGCCGAAGACAUACGAAGACGAAUCGGGACCACCGCGACAAUGGUCCAUCUCUCUCGCGCCAGAAUUCAUCUUCCGAAGUUACUCCAGCCGACUCAGAGCAGAAGAACGCGCGCAGGAAGAAGAGCGGUUCUAGUUUGGCUGGCGAAGAGCAGCCAUUCCUCCCAUUCGAAGCAGAUGAGAUGCACUCUCGUGCAACCAAAAACAUGACCUUCGUGUCAGUAAGCUUUGUUCAGACUACUUUAGUACUGAGUUAUAAGGGCGACAAACCCAAAAGCAUUACCGAUCUGUACGACUUCAAGUUUACCUGUCCAGAGCUGCGCUACACAAACAAGACCUGGUCGUUCGAAGACCUGUUCAGGCACAUGCGACGAGAUAUCAUUCGGUCCGCUUGGCAACAGAAAGGUGCAUUGAUCCGGGAAGUAUUCAAAAAGAGCCGAAAGCCAAUCAGGGCUCAGGCCGCAGAAGAUAUGCAACAUGGACCAUCCAAGCUGAGGAUGACGACGCGACCCUUCGAACCUUGGACAACCCAGUCUGGUGGCCAAAUCCUAGAAUCGGCGCCGCUUGUCACAAGUCCGGUCGAGGAGAGAGACUUGAAUGACCUCGAGCGCGUACCUACCACCGGAUCAUCCGAAUCUGGGCCUGCACCGUCAGAGCGAGAAAAAUCGGGCAAGCUAGGCAAAUUGGUGCAUCGAAUCAAGGCUCGAGCUGCAAAUCGUCAUCACCACGCCGACGAUGAUUGAAGCACCAGCUCUCCUAUUCAUGAUCAACAACGAAAUCUUAUACCCACCAUCACUGUAUCAACUCCAUGUAGGUUCUCAAAGCAUCAUGACACUGUAUAUAUUUGCAUGGGCCUUUUCACAAUCGAGAUGCCGGACCAAACUUGUGUGAACGCCGAACGGCGUGGCAAAUCUCACAUAUUGCGUGCGCGAAGCCUUCCGCUAUAAUGAUGCAUGUAAUUA